CUACAACCACUCGAUCUCUCCCUUCUCUUCGACUCCAAUCGACUCUCGCCUUGUUUUGUUUUGUGCUUGUCCCAUUGUACCAAACAAACACCCAACACAACAACAGCCAUGGCAUCCACAUACUUCUACAAUCACCACCACCAGCAACAGCAGCAGCAGACGCAUGCCGCCAACGCUCACCUGCAGUCAAACAACCACCACGGCGGUCGGCGGCGAGGGCCUCGCAUGGCUUCUCAGAACACCCAGAGGCAGUUCCGCGGUGUGAAGAGCAUGAGGGAAUUGGCCGAGGCUCCCACAGUCACAGCUUUCCGUCUGCGCUUCGAAGCUGGCCGCUCUUUUGACUUGGAUGAUGAUCUGGAAUUCUGCCCCAACUUGCUUACAGAAGACGAUCUGCAUUCAAUCCAUUCGUCGGUCUCGGAUCGCUCGUCUCUCUCGAGCGGAUCUCCUGACUCAUCGCCUCUGCAGCACCAGAUCCAGCCAGCUCAACAGGUGACGCCAAGCGUUUCGCUCUCUCCUGGCCCGUCAACAACAUCAUAUGUCAACAACGUUGCCGCGGCCGCGAUUAAUAAUAAUAUUAAUGCCAUGCACUUCCAGCAGCCUGCUGCUUCCCGUACCCGGAAAGUCAUUCCUAUCGUUAACCCUCAGACGGGGGUCACCUUGUCCAGCCCUCCGACGUCCAUUAACCCAGGUAUGGUGCAGAGCCAGCGACGGUGGUAAACCACUGCAAAGGUUGUUCCAGAAACCAGUACAUAUUCUUUCAUCAUGAGGCAUGCCUUUGUGUAUCUUGCGUUUCAAUCGUCGCUGGCGUCCUCAUCUACACCAUCCUGGGUUUAUUCUCUCUCUGGUCUCGACGACUACCCUCUUUUGCGACCUCUUUGGAAAAGAAAAAUCCGCAUCGAAAUUGUAUAUAUUUUUUAUUUGAUGACGACAAGAAUAUUCUUCUCUUUUAG